AUGAUUUCUUCUGGCAGGAAUGUUUCUAAUAAAUGCUUUAAAAUUCAUUGGGGCCGGCGGCCGGGUGCGGGACGCGCGCGGGGUCGCCAUGGCAAUGCCGCCGCCGCGGCCCGCAAGGUAAAAGAACAGGUGGCACUGUCGGGAGGAAAUGGAUCCCUCCCCGGCCCCAGGUCCCACCCGGGUCCCCACUCCAACCCCCACUCCGACCCUGGCCUCGGCCGAAGAGCACGAUUGGAGAAAGGAAUCAUAUUAAACAUUGCUGGUAACAAUCGCCUAAUGCCAGUACAAAGAGUAACAGGUGAAGAUUUUUGGACUCUUUCCAGAAUUUUAAAGAAAAAUCCAUAUAUUAUUGGUUUGGAUGUUAGAUAUAAUCUCCUCAGUCAUGUAGGUGCAUACUAUGCUGCAAAACUGCUUGAGAAACAACUUAAUAUCAUUUAUUUAAACCUUAUGUUUAAUGAUAUUGGGCCCGAUGGUGGAGAAUUGAUUGCUAAAGUGCUACAUAAGAAUACAACUCUGAAGUACCUAAGAAUGACUGGAAACAAGAUUGAAAAUAAAGGUGGAAUGUUUUUUGCUGCAAUGCUACAAGUUAAUUCAUCCUUGGAGAAAUUAGAUCUGGGAGACUGUGAUCUUGGAAUGCAAAGCGUGAUAGCAUUUGCUACAGUAUUAACUCAAAACAAAGCAAUUAGAGGAAUAAAUCUAAACCGUCCUAUAUUGUACGGCGAACAGGAAGAGUCCACAGUCCAUAUAGGCCACAUGUUAAAAGAAAACCACUGUCUUGUGGAACUACAUGUGUGUAAGCAUGAUAUAAAAAAUUAUGGUAUAAAACAGUUAUGUGAUGCACUGUAUCUGAACACUAGCCUACGCUACCUUGAUGUCAGCUGCAAUAAAAUAACUCGUGAUGGAAUGGUGUAUUUGGCUGAUGUACUGAAAAGCAACACUACCCUGGAAAUAAUAGAUCUUUCUUUUAACAGAAUAGAAAAUGCAGGAGCAAGCUAUCUCAGUGAAAGUCUUACUUCACAUAACAGGACUCUUAAAGUGUUGUCAGUAGUUAGCAACAACAUAGAGGGAGAAGGUCUUGUUGCACUUUCACAAUCAAUGAAAACAAAUCCCACACUCACUAACAUCUACGUUUGGGGAAACAAAUUUGAUGAGGCUACAUGUAUGGCAUAUUCAGACUUAAUUCAAAUGGGCCAUCUACAACCAGACAAUACAGAUGUGGAACCGUUUGUGGUAGAUGACCAUGUUUAUCUUGCAGAAGUCUCCAAUGGACUUAAAAAACAUUAUUAUUGGACACCAACUUAUGGAGAAGCUUAUGGCCACUCAUCUAAUGCAGGUUUUGCCCUUGUACCAAUAGGUCACCAUCUAUGAAAAACAAGUUCAAAUAUAUAUUUAUCUUAUUACUUUCA